CAUCCAUCCCUCCCUCCCUCCCUCCAAGCGCAGCGGAAGCCGGGAUGGAGACGGCACUCCGGCGAAGGCGGCGGCGGCGAGGGAUCCAUCAUGGGAUCCACUCCUAGCACGAGAGGGGGAGCCAGCCGUCGGCAGAGACCCCCCUCUCUUUCGGAGGGGGGCGCCCUUUUCCCGGGGCUGCCCCGGAGGAGGGAAGCGAUCUCCACCUUGGAGUCACCCUAAACAGAAGAGGAGGAGAUACCCAGGUUUUUUUUUAUUUUCCCUUUUUUGGGGGGAACCGCUGGCGGGUCUCGAACCCGCCGCCGCCGCCCCGUCGGAUUGCCAGCCGCGCCGUCCGGCCGAGGAGCGACGGGAUCCGCAGCGCAUCUUCGCCGGGACGCCUUGACCUGAGAGGGCGUGGAAGGAGAGGAGGGGGAGAGAGAGAGAGAGGAGGGGCGCCCCCUCGCCCCCCAAAACACCCCUCGCCCCCUUAGUCCUGCUCGCCUCCGGAUGGGGCAGGCAUGGCCGCCUUAGCCAGCUCCUUGAUCCGGCAGAAACGGGAGAUCCGCGACCCGGUGGCGAGCCGGCCCGUCUCCACGCAGAGGAAGGUUUGCCCUCGAGGGACCAAGUCUUUAUGCCAGAAGCAACUGCUCAUUUUAAUCUCCAAAGUCAGACUGUGCGGGGGGAGAAAGGGGCGGCUGGAGAAAACGCCCGAGCCGCAGCUGAAAGGCAUCGUCACCAAACUCUUCUGCAGGCACGGCUAUUAUCUCCAGGUCCACCCCGACGGCAGUAUUGACGGCACCAGAGAGGACACCAACGGCUUCACCCUCUUCAACCUGAUCCCGGUGGGACUACGCGUGGUCGCUAUCCAGAGCACCAAAUCGGGGCAGUACGUCGCCAUGAACGCUGAGGGCUACCUCUAUACCUCUACUCACUUCACCGCCGAGUGCCGUUUCAAGGAGUGCGUCUUUGAGAACUAUUACGUCAUGUAUUCCUCCACGCUCUACCGCCAGAGGGAGUCUGGGCGGUCGUGGUACCUGGGCAUCAACAAAGACGGGCAGGUGAUGAAGGGAAACCGAGUCAAGAAGACCAAAGCCGCCGCCCACUUCCUGCCCAAACUGCUGGAAGUGGCCUUGUAUCGAGAGCCUUCCUUACACAACGUGGUCGAGCCAGGCUUGGCAAAGAAGGCAGAGGAGGCCGCCGCCGCCGCGCCCGUCAAAGAGAUCUCCAAGGCGGAAGCCACGUAGCCCCGAGGAAUGGGGGGGUGCCCCUUCUCCUUCGCCCCCCACUUCCCCCGUGCAAGCCGCCUGCACACACAAACCCCCCACACACCUCCGAGACGGCUGCCGGCUGAGAAACACCUUCCCAAACACACCUUCACGGAUCUUCCAUCUUCUCUCAGGAUGUGUUUCCCCUUCUCUCUCGCUGUCUUCCGCCUCCGCGGGACUUUGGACCGGGACAGGAUCCGGCCGGGAAAGGAGGAGGUCCGUCGUCGGCCGCCAACUUGGACGAGGGGGAAAAAAAUAAGUCUUCCGUUUUGCGCUUACAGGUGCAAUACGGCCUCCGGCCACACGGGGGCGACAUUGCAACGCCGGGAUUUUUCUUCUUCUUCCAAACUGUGACAAAUCCACUGUGUAUGGGGCUUCCGGCUUCCCUAUUGCAGAAGUUGUUGCGUCUCGUCAGGGAUAAAAGCGGCGUUUUUUGCAACCCAACCGAUCCAUAACAGUCUUCCAAAACGGCGAGACGAGGGCGUCUUCGCCAAGGCCGACGGCACAACUUCAGGGAGAAGGAUUGCAGGAAGUGUUUUUAAAAGAAGCGUGUCGACGUUCUUCUAACAGCCAAUGGAAA